CUAUGGUUUAAAAGGGAUUACUCAGAUUGAGCUGAAGGCAAACAGUCAUGGCAGCUCUGAGGGCUCUCUUUUUUCUUGCUUUAUUUGGUGUUUGCAGCAGUCAGAUGUCAGAAUGCUCAUACUACGGUCUACUGGAAUACCUAAACCUGACAGCAUCAAAUAAAGUUUUGGAAAUCAUGCGACCAGUAACAAACUGGACCAGAACCACUUCAGUCCAGAUGGACGUGUUUGUGUAUGGCAUUUUAGAUGUGGAUGAAAAGUCUCAAACUGUCACAAGUCACACUUGGAUGGAAACGCACUGGACGAAUGAGUUCCUGACGUGGAAUCCCUUGGACUUCUGUGGGAUAGACAGGGUGACUGUUCCGAGAUCCAUGGUCUGGAUCCCAGAUAUAAUCAUCGAAGAGGAUUCCUCUGAUAGCGGGUGUGUUCAGAAGGAUCCAGUGGUCCUCUUAGAACCGAAUGGUGCGAUGCACACGUCUGCACGCCAGCGCCUGACCUACACCUGUCAGCUCAACCUCACAUUGUUCCCCUUUGAUAUGCAACGAUGCAACAUCACAUUUAGAUCCUUGAGCUCUGACGUGAGAUCCAUCAGACUAGGAACAGUCAAUAAUGACACAAUCCUUACAAGAAUCUCUGAGUGGUUCAUGAUUACUCAAGGAGAGUGGAGACUGAUAAAAAUGGAAACUGUUAUUGAUGAUAUACUUAUUGGAGAGACAUAUUGGAGCAAAGUUUUGUUCAUUGUCACGUUGGAGAGGAAGCCUAUGCUUUAUGUUAUCAUUCUGAUUGUGCCGCUGUUCUACUUACUGGUCCUGGAUUUGGCUUCCUUCUUCAUCUCUGAGGACAGUGGUGAAAAAAUGGGCUUCAAAGUGACAAUUCUCUUGUCCAUCUCUGUCUUACUGCUGAUUCUUAAGGACAUUUUGCCCUCCACUGAAGACAACUUGCCAAUGAUUGCCCAAUUCUGCGCUUCAGUCUUCACCAUGGUGUGGCUCAGCGUCCUCGAAGCCAUGCUGAUGAGCUUCCUAACUGAUCUUGAUAAUUAUUGUGGUAAGAAGGCUCAAAGCUCUGUAGCUAUACAACUGGAUAUUCAACUGGAAGUCAAAUGUCAUAAAGAGAAAAUAUGCUUUCCACCAGAUCAGCUCAGUGACCACGACCUGCUGAAACUAAUCCUUGAAGAAGUGAAAGCAGCACAACAGGAAGUUGGAAGUCACAAGAAAGAUGAGAGAGAGCCCGGAUGCUACAGAAAACUGGCUAAAAUCAUUAACUAUGUGUUCUUUGCUAGUUAUUUUGUGACUGUGUUAGCAUGCAUAGUGUUCAUGUGUACCAACUGGAUUGAAAAUGAGUCUUGACAUGUGUUUUAUAAUCUGGAUGUUAUGUUUUAUGUGUAUGGAGUCAGUUUGUUUCAAUAUAAUAUCUUCUGAUCUUCUGAUAAAUACCAAAAGAAGCUGAUUUUGUGUAUGUAGGUGCUGUGGGUGAAGCAAAUCCACCAAAAACCACUUUAUUAUCCUUUUUAAGAAGAUUGUUAAUGUUUUCAAGCCUUACAUUAAAGUGUCGAUGUUAUCACAUUAGUAUUGAUUGAUAUCAAUAUCAGUGUUGGUAUGUUGGCACACUAUCAAUAUUUGGAUUGAUCUGCUAAAAACCGCUGGUCAUUACCACCGCUUAAUAGAUGUACAUGUACAGAAAACAAAAUAAAUUUAAUCUCCUUGAAUAUUUUUUAUCUCAUAUUAAAUGUGACUUCUAGAGUUCUACCCUUUAAAGAUAGAUUUUGUUUAACUUAAAUAAUAAAAACCAAUAAAGAAAUGCAAACUGUUGCACGGAAGUUAAAAAAGAAAAGUGUCUUUUUAUUACAGUAAAAAGGAAAAAAGAAAUUGCAAAGAAACAUCCCUUUCUUGCUUUUCUUAGAUGCAACAUGAUGUUUUUAAGGUUCAGGUCUUUGGUGUAACAGCAUUUUGUCAAGUAGGACUUGCAU